AUCAAUUCUAUUUCUUCAAUCUCAGAUUUCUCUUCACAUAAAAUCUUAAUCAGGGUUUCCAUUUUUUUGUAAUUAUCGAUGGCUGUAGUAUUUGAGACUGCAUUACAACUUGUAUUGGGUGAAUUAAAGGAAACAGUACAUGUUGUAGGGCAGAUUAUACAAACUCACAGAUUCAAAAGCAUUCUCAAACGCCUUGCAAAAACCCUAAAAAGCAUCGAGCAGGUAUUUUAUGAAAGCUGGAGGUUAAGCAAGGUGUUGGAUCGUCCUCAGAAAGAGACGAUAAAGUUCAUCUCUUAUCUGUGGAAUGCCAUAAAGAUCGUUGUCAAAUGCUCCAGCAUCAAGUAUCAGACCAUGAACAAAAAAGUUCUUCAUUCAAAUAAGCUGACGCGUUUGAACAACGAGCUCUUGAGGUUCUUUCAGAUUCAUGUGCAGGCGAAAACGAUGAUGAAUUCAAUUAAGAUUUACGGUUUGGCAGACAAUUCAGUUGUUACCUUUUCUUCUGCGGGUGGAUAUUCGAGUACAUGUAGUGUUUAUCCUGGUCAACUACUCAAUCUUCCAUUGACAGAUUCUUUCGCUAACCUAACAAGUAUCAGAUUCGAACAUGUUUCAUUUUCUUCCUCUAUUCAACCACUCUUCAGUUUGCCAUUUCUUCAAAAACUUUCCUUUGUUAUGUGUGAGAUAGGUGAUGCUUUGAUGAACGGCGUCACAGAAUCAAAUCUCACAGAUCUGGAAUUUGAUUGUUGUUAUGAUCUGAGGGAACUACCUUCAGGAGUAUGUAAUCUUGUUCAUCUCCAGAAUCUCAGCAUCACCAAUUGCCAUGAGCUGGAUGCUCUUCCUAAAAAUUUGUGGAAUCUUUCCAAGCUUCAGAUCCUGAACCUCCAUUGUUGCACAAAACUACAAGAAUUACCAGAAUCAAUUGGACGUCUUCAUAAUCUGAGCUUCCUUGAUCUAUCUGAUUGUUUGAGUAUAAGUCUAUUACCAGAUGAAAUUGGGGAACUAUGCAGCCUGAGAGUGGUUAAGAUGAGCGGUGUCCAUGGGUUACCGGAGUUGCCGGAGUCCAUGAGCAAAUUGUUGCAGUUGGAAGAAGUGAUAUGUGAUGAAGAGACGUCGUAUUUGUGGAUGGAUUAUGAAAGUGAUCUGAAUAAUUUGAAGAUAAACGUUGUUGAAGAUGACAGACUUGAAAGCUUUAUGAAAAUUGUUCACUGAUCAGUUCUCUUGAUCCUUCAUUGUCAUUCUGUAAAUUGUGGGAUUGUUCUUUAAUUAACUUGAAGAGUCAUUUGUUUUCAUCUUAUAAAAUCAUUGUAUAUACUGUAAAUUUAAAAACUAAUUAACUAAAGAAUCUAUAUAUACGUAUAUUCAUCAAUCAAAGAUAUAUUAGAUGUUU